UCAAACCUGGUAUUGGACAGCUUAAAAUAUAAACUUUUUUUCAAUGUCCAUGCAAUUUGAUGUUGAUGGGCUAAAGGAUUGUGAUCAAUUGGUCCUUGAGCGUCUGCAACAGUCUUCAAGCAUUGGGCAGGAAAAAGGGAUGCACAUGGAUGAACUUUGCCAACAGCUGAAACUUCCCAUGGAGAAGAUCAAUCCAGGAGGUUGCACUAUGGCGGGGGCUCAAGAUCAAUUGCGGAAGCUCAAUGAGACAGUUACCAGGAUUAAGGGUGUGAUUCAAGACGCUGAGGAGCAGGCACAAAAACAGAACCAUCAAAUCGAAGACUGGCUCAUGAAGCUGCGGGAAGCUGUAUAUGAUGCAGAGGAUUUGCUGGACGAUUUCUCAACACAAGCUCUGCGGAAACAGUUGAUGCCUGGGAAAAGAGUAUCGAGGGAGGUACGCCUUUUGUUCUCAAGAUCAAACCAAUUUGUGUAUGGUUUACGGAUGGUUCAUAGAGUAAAAGCUCUCAGAGAGAGACUAGGUGACUAGAGAAUAGGAAAAAAGAAGUAUCUUCUUGUAUUAGAUGAUCUGUGGGAUGGUGAGGAUGGCCUGGAUGGUGAAAAAUGGGAUAGGUUGAAGGAGUUUUUAUCACGUGAUGCAGUAGGAAGUAAGAUAGUGGUAACUACACGUUCUCAUUUAAGUGAUUCAGAUAUUGAUUUGUAUGAUAAAAUGUUGCAAAGCCUCCAACCAAACUCGAAUCUUCAAGAGUUGGAAGUGGUAGGGUAUAGAGGUACGAGGUUUCCAAGUUGGCUUUCAAAUCUCUCAAAUCUGGUAAGGAUUCAUCUAGAAAAUUGUACAAGACUUGAGCAUAUCCCUCCCUUAGAUGGAAUCCCUUCUCUUGAAGAUUUGUUGAUGACAGAUGUGGAAAGUUUGGAGUACAUAGAUAGUGAGGGGGUUGGAGGAAGAAGAGUGUUUCUCCCAUCUUUAAGGGAACUUCGUAUCUUUUAUUGUCCUAGACUGAAGGGAUGGUGGAAGAAGAGUAGAGACGAGUCAACAAUAGAAAAAGGGCUGAGAAUGCUCUGUUUUCCACGUCUUUCUUCCUUCAAAAUAAGACGGGAAAAUUGAAGGAACUAGGUAUUUAUUUCAUUAAUGAUAUGGAAUCUCUUCCAGAAGUGGGGCUGCAAAAUCUCUCUUCUCUUGGACAGCUAUCUGAGUCUCAAGGGAUGAUACCCUACCUUCCCUCUUUGCAAUUCUUAAGAAUCGACGGCUGCAGUGAAGAGGUGAGCGGAAGAACAGGAGGAUGGGAAACGAGAGCGAGUAGGAAUGGCCUAUCAUUAAACAUAUUGUAAUUGAUGGGCACUACAUUCAAAUGGAUGGUCGCUAUGUAAAGGGUGGAGGAUACCAAGGAAUAUUAUUAGAGCAUUUUCAACGAACAUAUACGGAAGGUAUUUAACCUCUCCCUUCCUUCAUUUAAUUUAAUUUAUUAUCAUCAUCAUUAUUAUUAUUAUUAUUACUCCAUACUCUUCCUCUCUAUUUAUUUUGCUACCCAUAAACCUCAUCUUUUCAUAUUUGAUGGUUAGAGCAUUUUCACCGUGCAGCAUUUAACCGUACGGAUAUUAUUUAACCGAGCAUUUUCAUCUUUAUUCUUAAAUACAAAGGUUUUUAACCUCUCCCUCCCUUCCUUCCUUCAUUUAAUAUCUUUUAUUAUUACUCCAUACUCUCUCUCUCCAACUCUGUAAUUAUUUAUUUUAUUAUCCACAAAUCUCAUAUGAUAAAAUUAUUAUUUUUUCUUUAAAAGUUGGUAACAGUUCUCAAUUAACUGGGAGAGGGGUUCAUUGAACCAAAAUUUCCCAAAAUUUCUCAAUUAAAUGAUAGUAACUACAAAAAGGAAAGCCUUCUCCAAUCACCUAAUCUGUACUCAAAAUUUUGAUUUUUUUUUAUAUAAAAAAACAGAACUCGAAAACAAAAAAAAAAACUGAAGGCACAAUGAUGGUGUUGGAGCUACCUAGAGACUAACAUUGUUGUCACUGAAUACCAGUCCUGCAAAAGUAAGCUUCAUAUCGCUCCCAUUUCCCCUGUUUUUUUUUUAAUGUUAUUACUUAUUUUAGACCCUUUGUUUGAUUUCCUAGAAAGUUAGAAAUUUAACAAAUGCAAUUGAGAAAGUCAAUUGAAAAGGUCUCUGUCUUGGUAGUCUCAGGUUUUCAAAUUUACCGCUCCUUUUCCUUACAGUCGAAAUAUACAAAGUAACUGUUUAGCCCAUUUUUUUAUUUCUAAGGAGGAGUUUUUACAAGUUACUGGCAUAAGUUAUUGUCAUCGGCCUGAUCUUUGAUAAAGCUGAAAAGGUUUUUUAUGUUGGUCUCACUGUAGAUGAUCGAAAAGGCCGAUCUACAUUAUUUUUAUCCGCCAUUAUUGGAUUUUGAUCCUGUUUUUUGAAGGACAGGAGACCCUGUGCCGUUUUCUACUUCCAGUCCCACCCAUCCACAAUAUAGAAGAUAGUAGAGAGGCUCAGUAUCCUAUAUAUGUCAACAUCCUGACCCACGGGAUCUGCAUUAUUUUUAUCCGCCAUUAUUGGAUUUUGAUCCUGUUUUUGAAGGACAGGAGACUCUGUGCCGUUUCCUACUUCCAGUCCCACCCACCCACCCACAAUAUAGAAGAAAGUAGAGAGGCAGGGAAAGAAGAGAAAAUGAUGGAAUGCAAUUAUAGUCGUAGCUGGACUCGAUAAAACAAUCCUACUUUAUCUUUUUCAUAGCUAUCAUAUGCGUAGGUGAUUGAAGAUCGCACAAAUAAAUUUAUUUUUUGAAGACAAGUUUAGAAGUGUACAGCCGCCGGUAAUAUAUUAUUUUCCGGAAGACUCAAUUACUCAUUAAAUAAUAAAUUUAGGCAGAAGGAGAUGAGACUGUCAUGUAUGUUUGCUCUGAUACCAUGUUUGAAUAGAAAAAGCUCACUGAA